AUGCAGCGUAUGAAGAUGAAUAUUCCCGAACCAGAGCGGUAUCCUCGAAUGACACCUGAGGAAAUCGAGAUGGUUAAGGGAGCAAUAGUUGAAGGCCAUAAAAAUAUAUUAAUUGCCUUUAGAUCUGAUAUUCGAAACUUCAAGACACUUUACAAAGAUUGUUACGUAGUUUGCACACCAUUCAUUCUUUAUGCCUACAAGAAAAAUGGUAAAAAACUCGAGAAAAUGGCAAGAAUUUACCUAGCAGAUAUUAUUUUAAUCGCAUACUCAAAAGAAAAAUACCUUUUAGCACAAUCGGAAGAUACAUCUCUUGUUAUUACUGCACCUGAAGCACUCCGUGUUGCUCAAAUUCUUUACAGAAACUAUCAAAUUGUAUUUUCCAAUUUAACAAUAGAAGAAACAUGCGAGCUACGUUCUUACGAUAUGUCCCUCUUCCCACCUAUCAAAUUACCACUUUCAAAUUCGCAAAAAUUCCAAUUUGCAUACGCAUCUCUUUGUGCAAAGGAAAUGAGACCAUUUAGAAACGAAGCUGUUCGUUUCCUUCACUCAAUGGUUCUUGCUCGAAAUGGAGUUUUCGAUAUUUCAUUACUUCCUGUUGAUCUUUUUAUUGAUAGAAGAGAUCUUUUGCCUGUUUUGAAAGCUGUUGACUAUAUGAAGUUCACAUCAGGUUUCUGCUGCGUAAAUGUUUCUCAGCCUGAGCUUUUCACAGGAAUUGCUGAUAUUAUUUCAAAAAGUACUUCAAUUAAGAUUCUUUACUUCGUAAAUUGCCAAAUCACGCAAGGUAUGAAACAGAUAUCAGAAGCUCUCAAAGCAAACAGAGAAUUACCUGUCGCUUACUGGUGUUUAGAUCAAAAUAAAAUUACUGACUUUGACUUCUUCCCAGUCAUUGUUUCUGCACAAAAGGAACCGAUCAGAGUCCUUUCCCUUAAUAAUUGCGGCAUAAAAGCGAACCAAACAAACGAAUUAUUCAAAGCUCUCGAAGCAAACACAUUCCAACGCUCUAUGGAGGUUCUCCAGAUCCAUGGCGCUGAGUUUUCCCAGGACUGUGUGGCCUCAUUUGAUAAAUGGCUCGAUUGUCAAAGCGAUGAGCUGAAGAAACUCGAUUUGGGUGGAAUUGCCAACAGUGGUCAGGCAAUUCUGAGCCUUAUCCGCCGUUACGCACCUCCUCUGACCCAUUUAACCCUCUCUGGAACCCAAAUUAACCUUGCAGCCCUUGAAGACUUACUUGAAUUCAUCAGAGAGUCCAAGACCUUGGAGAUGCUUGAUAUUAGCGGUACUGGAUUGGCUCCAAAGAGCAUUACCCAUGUAAUUGAAGCUAUUGCUGAAAAUGAUAACCUGAAGAGAUUCGAUUUGAACCUCAGCAACCUCGCAAUACAUGGAGCUGCACUCAUGCCGAUGUUCGGAGCCUUCCUUGAUAGCAAUCUCGAAAAAUGGAGAUCAAUUAUUUUGGAUGAGAACGGAAUGAACGCAACAGACCUCAAGAACUUCUUACCAUUAUUAAUAAUGAUGCCAAAACUCAAGCGCCUUUCCCUUUCUCGUAACUUUUCUUCAAAGACAGAAAAUAUCUUGAACAUUCUCCCAGGAAUCAUCGAGAUCAAGUCACUUAAAUACCUUAUUAUCCAAGGUGGCCCAACAAUGAAGCUAGAAUCCGCCAUUUAUCCACUUAUCGAACAAAUUUCUGCCAGAAAGCUCAAAUAUCUUGAUCUGAGCAACAAUGGACUUGGUGAUAGAGGUGUAUCCCUUGCUGUUGGCGCUCUCCGAGCCAUUCCUACACUGAAACAUUUCGAUAUCACAGAUAACGGUUUAAGAGGUAUCCAAAUCUGGAUGGAGCUUGCAGAUGCAGUUGUUUCAGCACCAGCGCUCGUUGAAUUCCAGUUCUCCAUGUCAGAUAUGCUUGCGACAAUUGAAUUAUCUAAAAAGAACAAGGCAACGAUCAGGCAGUUAACAGAACUCCAAUCAUCAGCACUCAACGCAGUCUAUGCACGCCGCAGAAGACUUGGACUCGGUUGUCCGUACUUGGAAACAGAAGAUGUCGCUUAUUUAUCCCGAAAAUUCAAAAACGGUUCGAAACAUUCGGCCGUUUGCAAGGAAUUCAAUCUCCCAUUGCCGUACCAACAUGAAGGAGAGGUUGUCGAGGAUGGUGGCGACAUUACGGAGAUAGAUAUUGGUGAAAUGGCCGUUUACGAAACAGAUUCAAUGAGAUAUGUCAUUGAAGAAGACGUUUCCGCCUUCGAAGCACCAGAAAUAAUGACACAGGUCAUUACAUUGCCAGGAACAAUGCCAUUGAUCGUUGAAAACAAGGAGCCAGAGGUAAUUAGCAACAAAACAAGUAAUCCGCCACAUUCAAGAGUUGCUUUCAUCGAACCUGAUCAAAAGGAACAACCUGUGAUCAUAGUAAGCUCUGAUGAUUCUGAUGAAGAUGAUGUUAUUAAGUCUAAAAACUUUGAUAUCAAUGAUGAAAAAGUUUUCGGACAAAAAGUGACAAAAAAGAGGUCCCUUAAACCUGAUUCAGAGAGCGAAGAUGAAAUACAGGUGAAACCAAAGAAGUCCAAUACUCCGAAGAGAAAAUUGAAGCUGGAUGACGAUGAUGAACCUGAAGAAGAAGAAAUUCCAAAGAAAUCUCCAAAGAAGAGAAGCAUUGAACAAGAAAGGAAACCAAAGAGAAGACUAGAAGACUCUGAUGAUGAAGAAGAGGAGCCAAAACCAAAGAAGUCGACUCCAAAGAAAAGAAUUCUUGAUUCAGACGAUGAAUCACCGAAACCGAAGAAAUUUAAUUCGAAGAAAGAGUUGUUUAGCUCGGAUGAUGAUGAGCCACCAAAGCCAAAGAAGUCUACGCCGAAAAAGAAAAAUCUUGAUUCAGAUGAAGAGGAAAUAAAGCCAAAGAAAUCAAAUUCGAAGAAGCCAAUAGUUAGUUCUGAUGAUGACGAACCUCCGAAACCAAAGAAAUCGGCUCCGAAGAGAAAAUUAUUGGAUUCUGAUGACGAAGAACCUCCAAAGCCAAAGAAGUCUACUCCUAAGAAGUCAUUAAUUAGCUCAGAUGAUGAUGAGCCUCCAAAACCUAAGAAAUCAGCACCAAAGAGAAAAUUAUUGGAUUCUGAUUCGGAAGAAGAACUUCCAAAGCCAAAGAAAUCGGCUCCAAAGAAACCAUUAAUUAGUUCUGAUGAUGAUGAACCACCUAAGCCAAAGAAAUCGACUCCAAAAAGGAAAUUAUUAGAUUCUGAUUCAGAUGAAGAACCUCCAAAGCCAAGGAAAUCUAAUUCUAAGAGGAAGUAA